AUGGCAACUCACACCUCUGAUGCGGCCAUCCACGCUAAGAUAACAGAUGGAGGAUUGGGCAUCCCGGAGCUUAAGAGAGUGGUGCCUCUGAUCCUUCUUAAAAGGAUCACUCCUUUUGGAGACUGGCGACGACGUGGUUUCUUGUGUUCUGCAGUCAGACCGAAGUCUAGCGUUACUUCCUUCCUCGCUAAUUUUUGGAUGGCGGCGGUUGGUGGGUUCCUUUGGUAG